UACUUCCAUCAACACUAACUAUUCCAACACUGUAUGUCAAAAUUAUUUGUAUCUAUAUCUAUAUAUGUGGUAUGCUAAAAUUAUUUUGAAGUGAAAAGCAGUAGCGAUGACAUUAGCUGUGUACCUAAUCUUUUUUGUCUCUUCCGCAAGUCUUCUCUUCUUUUUCAUCAAUCCUGUCAUAAAAGCCAGAACAAAGUCAUUGAACCUUCCUCCUGGCAGCUAUGGAUGGCCAGUGAUCGGAGAAACACUGGAGUUUCUUCGAUUAAACCGGGACGGAACGCCGGAGAAAUUUGUGACGGACAGGAUGGACAAGUAUCAGUCUCAGGUUUUCAAGACAUCAGUAAUGGGUGAAAAAAUGGUUGUGUUGUGUGGUCCUGCCGCAAACAAGUUCUUGUUUGGAAACGAGAAUAAGUUGGUCACUGUUUGCUGGCCAAGUUCUGUGAGACAGUUGCUUGGGAAGAGUUUGCCUAAUAGUCGUGGGGACGAAGCAAAACUCUUGAGAAAGAUGCUCUACUAUUUUGUUAGUCCAGAUGCGUUCUCAAAGCUCUAUAUUAAGACCAUGGAGUUGAGUACUCAGAAGCAUAUCAAGAAUCAUUGGCAAGGCAAAAAGGAGCUGAAAAUUUUCCCAACUGUCAAGUUCCACAUAUUUGAGUUGGCAUGUCGCCUAUUCAUGAGCCUUGAAGACAUAAACCGAAUUUCCAAGCUUUUCAAUCUAUUCAACAUAUUCUUGAAAGGAGUCAUAUCUAUAGCCCUAAACUUUCCUGGAACUACAUUUUAUCAUGCAAAAAGAGCAACAAACACUAUCCGAAAAGAACUUCUGUUUAUUGUGAAGCAGAGAAGAGAGGCUAUAGAACAGAAAUUAUCAGAUUCUCCUCCACAAGAUCUUCUGUCACAUUUACUUCUAUUUCCUGACGAGAACGGUAAAUUCAUGUCUGAACUGGAGGUAGUGGAUAACAUCCUGAUGAUGAUCUUUGCUGGCCAUGACACCACCACUGUUACUAUAACAUUGGUGAUGAAGUAUCUUGCGGAGUUGCCUCAUGUUUAUGAGAACGUUUUGCAAGAACAAAAGGAAAUUGCAUCAUCAAAAGGAGGAAGGGAAUACUUGAACUGGGAUGACAUACAGAAGAUGAAGUAUACGUGGGAUGUAGUGUCUGAAGUUCUCAGGUUAACAUCACCAAUUGUUGGAAGUUACAAAGAAGUGCUGGUGGAUUUUAACUACGAAGGUUAUAGCAUUCCAAAAGGAUGGAAGAUAUAUUGGAAUGCCCCUGCAACACACAUGGAUCCUAAGUUGUUUCAAAACACUAAAGACUUUGAUACUUCAAGAUUUGAAGGAGCAGGACCGACACCAUUUUCAUAUAUUCCAUUCGGAGGAGGGCCUAGAAUGUGCUUGGGGAAAGAGUUUGCACGGCUAGAGAUUCUUGUUUAUAUCCACAAUGUGGUCAAAGAUUUCAGAUGGAAACUACUGAUUCCAAACGAGAAGAUAGAAUAUGAUCCCAUGCCCACCCCAAUUGAAGGACUUCCGGUUCUUCUUCAACCGAGCAACCCUUAGUAGAGUUGGGCAACAAAGCUUUCUCUCUCAAAGCAGAUUUCUCUAGGGUCGUUUGGUAGGAUGUAUUAGGGAAAAUAAUAUAUGUAUUAGCAUUGGUAUUACUAAUCUCUUGUUUGGUAUACUUUUUCAACA